CAACCCCACAUUAUCAAUUGCCGUUAAGAGGGAAGAUCAUCUUUAAGAUGGGCUCCGUAAUGAAGUAUGUCCUACUUGUUGUCGCAUUAGGAGGAUUCGUUAAAGGACUUUGUGUGUCUGGCCAGUGGACGAUGCUAUAUGAGCACGAUGCUUCAGGAGCGGUGAUAAGCGGAAGCCUUGCGGCUCUGAAAACUGCAGUCAAAAAUGGCGCCCGUAUUCGUAUAGUGAUGCCUUCUGGAUAUGCGGCAGAGGCGGACUAUAUUUUCAUCAAAGAUGGCGGUAGCGUUUGUGGACAAUUCCUCUGGCACGUCAGCAAAGCUAGUUGGAACUCCUUUCAAGGCGACGUCUUCUGGUGGUGGAACAUCUUCUGUACAUCUGGAAAAUAUUACACCACACGCUACAACAUCGGUUCUCACGUCCAUCGGGGCGACUCAACGACCGCCACGAGACUGAAAUGGUUUGCCAGGAAGGACUGGGCCACGGUGAAAUAUUCCCAUGAUAGCAGUGGAAACGGGGAUCAAACUGGACACGAAGCUUUGGCGCAGCACAUUAGAGACGGUGCCGAGGUGAGGGUCGUAUCCCAAAGUUCUUCAGGCCAUUUGGCAUAUGCUCCGUUGCAGAACAUGCUUGUCAAGCCGCGAAGAGAGAGUGGUGGUGGAUCACAGACGUGUAGUAAGGUUAUGGGACAGUGCCUUACCGUCGUCAGUCAAAUGAUUACCGGAAAUGACGUCAAAUUCCAGAGUAAUGCUUACUGGUGGUUCGUUCUUCUGUCUACUUCCGGAUCACGUGACAUGUCGCGUUGGAACGUCGGAGAACACGUCGAUAGGGGGCACACCAGUGACAACAUACCCAUGGACUGGAUGGUUGACCCAUCGUGGAAAAAAGUAUAUGCAAAUGGACCAACGGGGGAAGGGAUUUUUGGCAAAAAAUCUGAAUUGAUAUCGGCUGUCCAAGAUGGACAUCGAGUGCGAAUGGUCAUGUUAUACCCGGAUGCCACGUGGUACGCAACCAACGUAAACAACGUUCGCGCCAGAAAUGGUCAUGUUACAGCUCAGUCCAUACAACACGUCAGCAUGGAUGCAAAUGCCGAGCGUUUCCAAGACAACGCGUACUGGGUAUUCAUGAUGGCGUCUACCACCGGGACUGUUACACGUGCCAGAUAUAACGUGGGAGAUACCACAGCAAGAGGAAGCGACGUGCAACACUGGACAAUUCACUGGUUUGUGGACACUCAGAAUUGGAAAAAAGUUCUCUCUCAUGGCACAGAUGGAACCGUAAUAGCAGGUUCAAGAACUGCACUGACAUCAGCUAUUAAAGAGGGCGCCUCUGUCCGAUGUGUAAUGGCCGAUGGCCGUUAUGCUUUUCCAGCUGAAAAUGUUGCGAUAAACGGAGAUCACGUGGCCGCCCAGACUAUCCACAGCAUAAGUGUUGCAGUCAGCGGAAGUUCGGAGUACGUCUUGCAGAGCAACCCCUAUUGGUGGUUUACCAUAGUAACUACGCAGGGCGACCGAAAGAUGUCGCGCUGGACGGUCGGGAGUCAUCAGUCACGUGGUGACAGUGCCGACAAGGUGGCGAUGAGUUGGUUCGUUGACGUGUGAAUCACCCACUGAUGAACUUCAAAUUACACGUUUUAAGCAACCAGAUUCUAACGUGGCCAUUUUAGACUUGAUUGUGAUGAUUUUUUCUUCGAUAGGGAAAUUUCUGUUUUAUUUGGUUGAAAUAGAUUUGCAUGAUUAACCUGAUCCGUGCGACGUCUGAUAUAGUUACAUUUAGGCCUACGUGCACGUCUCGACUUUUCAGACGAUGAACAGACGAUCAAAGUGUGUUCCGUGUAAAGGGAAGAUAUUAUUUAUGUAUCCUCUAUCCUUUCCUUGUGCGCACUGCACUCUAAAUUUUACUAUCUAUUAAUCCUACUGUAUAUGAGUGUCCCUUAUACACAAAAUUAGAUAUUUUUAUGGGUAAAAUAUUCUGAGGGCAUUGCAUCUUUAUAUAUUAAUUACCAUUAAAACCAAACUUAGCCUUGAUACUAGCCUUGAUACAUAUUCAGAUGUACACACAAUGGACGAUAAAGGUGUCACCCCCAGAAUCAGAGUAAUCAAAGUAGGUAGAUCUUGAGUAUAUAGUUAUAAUGCCUGGUCUACGUAUAAUGUGACUAAUGAG